AUUGAUUAGGUUAUUGGUAAGUCCUCACCAGUAACUUACAAGGCUGAGCUCUGCCUAUAUAAGUACGACCGAAAAGUGACACCAUCAAACUACACUUCUGUCAGAAUACAUUCACCAUGAAGGCUUUCAAGGGAGGUAACCUCUCAUUGGUGAUAUUUUUGUUACUACCAGCAGUUGUUUUAAGUGUUGUUACUGACCAGCUGUUUAAUAAUACAGUUAUGACUUUGACUCAAAGCAUCCAAGAUCUGCAAGCAAGAAUCAAUGGACUGACAAAGGAAGCAUUGAAUCAGAAGCUUACCAUCGAAGAAAGAGUCAGGUCAGAAGGCAGCUCUGGAAUCAAGCAGACCCGAAACUAUGUCCAUGGAACGUCCAGCUACUUUGACAACACCCACGUCGGGGUCAGCAGCAUGAUGUCCAUCCAUGACCACUCCAACUACCACGACACACUGGGCAUGGGGGAGGUGAUUGCUGUACUGAACGGCGUAGAGUUUAGGACACGUCACAACGACUAUCGUUUGGUGGAGCCUGACCCCACCAACACCACUUUCCGCGCUGUCCGGGACAUCCUGCCUCCACCUACCCCCCCAGCUGUCCUGAGUCAGCCGACACUGGAUCUCCAGAUCAAGGAACUCAGACAGUGGUUCAAAGCUUUCCAACAACAGAACACCACUCUAAGAGAUUAUCGCCCCUAUUUCGUCCCUGUACUCUGUUACUUAGAAGGCUUUUGGAGUUUGGAAGAAGCAAUCAAAGAACCAUUUGCAAGUGAUCGUCAUCUUUUACUUGCUAGUAGUUGGCAGCAACUUUUAAACCAGAUUAUCUACACUUCCUACACUGGCAACAAAGACCUUAACGAGAAUAUGGCUUUCCUGCCUUCAGCUAUCAUCUCCAUAGACGCCACAGGGAGACCGCUGUACGCACAAUGGAACUACAGGAUCCUUUGCAAGCAGCCCAGCGUGGACAUACCUCUGAAAUAUUUUAGACGUCAAAUUGACCUGCCCACCCUAGCCAGAAGUGGAACUAACGCUAACAACGUCAAUAACACAAGGCUGGCACGUUUUCGCUUGACGGACUUUGAUCCUGAAAGACAAGAAAGCGGACUGACACUAUUGGACAAGCUUAUGCAAGAGAUUCCAGGCCUAGACAACAAUCCAUCUUUUCUGAACGAAGUGGCAUUCGGGCAAACCAUCUACAACGAACGGUACCCAAACAAUACUCGAUUAAAUACGGGCUAUUACCACAGGAGAUUUAAAACCGGCACUGCUGGAGCCAUGGGCACUUCGACCGUCAUGCGAGGCUUUCACGAUGAGUUGCUGUUUAUGGCUGAGACAACACAGCCCCUGGUGGCGCCCGUCAACUUCACCAUCUGUUAUUCCGCUAGCAACUGCACCACCCGCACCUCACGCUUCUCUUACGCGAUUCCAUUGGAAGUGGUCUAUAUGACCCCGCUACUUACUUGGGACCCUUAUGACCUGCCUGACGGUAGUUUGACUGGUAUAACAAAGGGAGGUAGGAACGGCGACACACGUGACCCAGCGCAGGCCUUCAACGGAACCAAUCCGAUUGUUUAUUUCUAUAAAACUCCCGUAGAAUUUUACAACAGCACAGCCAGUCAGAAAGAUCCAGCUGAUACUAGUGGAGCGGUUGGUGUUCUAGAUUCAACCGGCACACUCCGCAUUGUGUAUGGUUCCGGAAUUCAGAUCUUCACUGAAAAUAUUCAAGGUGUUGGGAGUGUAAGACUUCGCUACCCUAUUCCACCAAUCCAUGGAGAGGGCAGUACAGUCUGGAAAGAGUUGUCUGUUGUAAAGCAGCAGUUGAGUCAGUUACAGGGCUCUGGGUCUGUCCCAGCUUCAAAUUUGUAUCAGGCUCAGCUCCAACCAACGUCUGUUGGCGGCCUUCACUAUCACGAGUUCACUUUGUACCAACAAGACUUUGAUCUCAUCUCAAACUCUCAGAUCGUGACGGUCAGUACCUCUCUGUCCAAUGGCCACUCGCACGUUCUCGACCUUGCACUCAAUGCCACUUCUGGCAAUGUGGAAUACCUGACCUGUAACGGAGCGCCUGUUUGCCCUGACCUGCAUCCAAAAGUGAUCAAGUUCUUAAGUAGUUCCGGUUAAAGAAACUACAAACUAAGAAUACAGACACGUGGAAUAAUUGGAUUAAGGAUUUUUUUUUUCGAGAUGUCACCGACUUGUGUAAUCAAGAUCCAGAAUCUACUUUUAUUAUUGAUUGAAAUAUAUGUGAUAUAAACUCG